AUGGAGAGUCUGGGCCGCCACGUGUCGGAGGAGUUUGCGACGAUGAGGCGGUUCCUGGAGGAGAGGGAGCAUGAGCUGCAGAGGGACCUGGCUGACUACGCCGCUGGGCUGCUGCAGCCACUGGAGGACAACCUGAGGACCAUCCAGAGGGCACUCAUCUCCGUUCAGAAGGACAUCAUCUACUGCCAGGCGGUGGUCAAUCAGUGGGACAGCCGGCGGUUCCUGCAGGAGUUCAAGUGGCUGAAGGAAAGGCCCCACGAGGACAUCCACUGCCCUGCCGUUGUCUCUGCAAAGCCGUGUCUGGGAGUAUUCAAAGGGCCCCUCCGGUACCGAGUGUGGAAAGAGAUGAGGAACUGCAUCAGCCCAGCGCCCGCGUCGCUGACCCUCGACCCCAACACUGCCAACGCCUGGCUGCAGCUGGAGGAGGACCUGACCGGUGCCAGAGCCGGCGAGACCCGGCAGGAGGUGCCCGACGACCCCGGGAGGUUCGACCCCUCCCCCUGCGUGCUGGGCUCUGAGGGCUUCGGGUCGGGGAGGCAUUACUGGGAGGUGGAGGUGCAGGACAAGACGGAGUGGGCGGUGGGGGUGGCGCGGGAGACGGCCCCCAGGAAGGGGGACAUCGCCCUCUCCCCACGGGACGGCUUCUGGUCCAUCUGGCUGCGGCGGGGAGCCGACUACCGGGCGCUGACCUCUCCCCCCACCCGCCUGGCCCCCGACCCCCGGCCCGACAGGGUCGGGGUGUACCUGGACUACGAGGGCGGGCAGGUCUCAUUCUACGACGCUGACUGCAUGGCCCACCUCUUCACCUUUACCGCCGCCUUCUCCGAGAGGCUGUACCCCUUCUUCAGCCCGGGGCUGAGGGAGGGGCGUAGGAACCAGACCCCCGUCAGGGUCCGCCACCUCAGGCUGUAG